AUGGUAAUAUUAGCUACAGCACAGAUAUCAGCCACAUCGUCAAAUGGUGAAACAUGUUUAUUUCGGGCAUUGAUUGAUCAAGGUUCUCAAAUAUCAAUGAUAUCUGAGGAAGCAGCGCAGAUCCUCUCCUUGCCAAGGAAAAGAAUAAGUACAGAAUUAACUGGACUCUCAGAUGCAGCAGUGGGUACAACAAAAUCAAGAGUGUAUUUAGAGAUAAGACCAAGAUUUAUGAGCAACAACAAAAUGCAAGCAGAGUUUUUGGUAUUACCCACCCUUAUAAAACCACUACCUGACGAAUCAUUUGAAUUUAAUAAAAAUGAGUGGGAAAACUAUACUCUGGCAGAUCCAAACCUGAAUACAAAAGAUCGUAUUGACAUUAUCAUCGGAAGUGACUUGUAUCCAAAGUUAAUUGAAGAAGGAGUAAGGAAGCACAAUAGCAUCGUGGGACAAUAUACGAUUUUCGGGUGGGUUGUUUCCGGCUCACUACACGAGAAACGACAAUGUGGCAAAAUCAUGUCAGCGGUUACUUCAUCGAUGGAGAGGUUCUGGGAGAUAGAAGAAAUAGAAAUGAAAUAUCAGAAAACGACAUCUGCAUGCAAGCAUUUGCAGAGACAAAAAAAAGAGAUACGAAUGGCAGAUAUGUAG